AUGAUUGCCUACACGUGCUUUUGGGACAAUGUGCUUGCACAUGCACUAGUUCACUCUCCAAGUCACAUAUGCAUAUCUGAAGGGACUAGAAAAGAUACGAUGUCCUCUUCCACAUACUAGAUGGCUUUAGGAGUCCAAUGAUUUUGAUGAUAUUUACAACACUUGAUUAAUAGAAGGCUUGGGUAUGGAGAAACGAAAAACAACUAUCAAGAACUUUUUUGAUGGAAAUGUUGAAUUAAAAUGAGAUGAAUCUUUUAUGUACAAUGCAUGUGGUGUAUGUUUCUACAUGAUUAGUUUCAAGAAUGAUUUGAUGAGUGGGGUGAGCUAUCACUAUUGUCAACAUCUUGUACCCCAAAAAGAGUUGGUCCUUAAUCAGCUAAUAUUGGGCAACUACAAAGAAAAAACAACUAUUGUUGCUUUAAGCUCUUUGAUGGUGAGCAGGACCCAUCUCCAUCAGCUCAGGAGACAUCGGCAGUCGAACUUCAGCUUGAUCGACGUGCGAAGAUGAAGGAGCCUAGCUUUCACUACACGGCCUAG